GCUUCCUUUUGAGACUCCGUGACGUCACACACCAGCAUGGGUGUCACAGCUGCGACGUGCUAAGCUAAAGCCGAAGCUACAAUGUUUGUCGUCAAAAACCGAAUCAAAUUCAGCCCGCUGGGCAUUGCCACUGCAAAGCUGCUCUCCUCCGGUCCGGCCGAGAACCCCGUCGUGUUCCUGGACAUCGAGGCGGACGGUGAGGCGCUAGGGAGGAUAAUCAUUGAGCUCAAUGCAGAUGUGGUGCCAAAGACUGCAGAAAACUUCCGAGCUUUGUGUACAGGAGAGCAUGGCUUUGGCUACAAGGGGGGUGUUUUCCACAGGAUCAUACCCCAGUUCAUGUGUCAAGGAGGAGAUUUCACCAAACACAAUGGUACCGGAGGGAAAUCUAUCUAUGGAAAAACCUUCAAGGAUGAGAACUUUAAGUUAAAACACACUGGAGCAGGGACUCUGUCAAUGGCCAACUCAGGCCCAAACACCAAUGGAUCCCAGUUCUUUAUCAGCACUACAAAAACAGAAUGGCUGGACGGCAAGCACGUGGUCUUCGGACGGGUAACGUCCGGUAUGGACGUAGUCUCCAAAAUGGAAACCUUUGGUUUACAUGAUGGCGGCGUGAUCAAGAAAAUAGUUGUAGCAGAUUGCGGGCAAGUCAAAUAGAUUUCCACUUGGGAUGAAAGGACUUCUCCAAAUCGUGCUGCGGGUGCUCUUUGCUCUGGUCGGACACGUCCAAGCCGUCCGGCUUCUCCAAUGGACGCUGUGGUUGCCACACACACACACAACAGCACGG